GACACCAUGGGGCUAGGGCUGCCAGCUAGGGGUGGCUAGGCGGCUCGCAGUGCCAGUCACGGACGGUCCCCAACCUAGGUGUCCCUCACGGCAGCCAAGACAAUCCCGCGCAUUUACAUAAUGCGAUCCCCUUCUCCAUCUUUAGUCGUGGAGACGCCUUGUCUUGUGUGCUUUUCUUUUAUCUUGCAGGAAAACAAGGCAUCCUCUCGUGAUACAUCGGGCCAUUCUCCUUGCUAGAACACAGGUCGCGCCUAUCCUAGCAGCUCUUCUCAAGGACCCCUUCACUCAUCUCCCACAAGGUACCGAGUUCGGCCGGCCCAUCUUGCCAACCAUGUCCGAACUCAGCAAGAACUUCGAGACCCUGCAGCUCCACGCUGGCCAGGAGCCCGACCCGGCGACCAAUUCGCGGGCCGUCCCCAUUUAUGCCAGCACGAGCUUCGUUUUCAACGACUCGGCGCACGGCGCGCGCCUGUUCGGGCUCAAGGAGUUCGGCAACAUUUAUAGCCGCAUCAUGAACCCGACCGUCGACGUGUUCGAGAAGCGCAUCGCGGCCCUCGAGGGCGGCGUGGCCGCAGUCGCCACGUCGUCGGGCCAGGCGGCCCAGUUCAUGGCCAUUGCAGCGCUGGCCCAGGCGGGCGACAACAUCGUGUCGACGUCCAACCUGUACGGCGGCACCUACAACCAGUUCAAGGUCAUGUUCCCGCGCUUCGGCAUCACGACCAAGUUCGUAGACGGCGAUAAGCCCGAGGACCUGAUCGCCGCCAUCGACGACAAGACCAAGGCGGUCUACGUCGAGAGCAUUGGCAACCCCAGGUAUAACAUUCCCGACUUUGAGAAGCUCACGCAGCUGGCCCACUCAAAAGGCGUCCCUGUGAUUGUCGACAACACCUUUGGCGCGGGCGGCUUCUUCGUGCGCCCCAUCGAGCACGGCGCCGACAUUGUGGUGCACAGCGCGACCAAGUGGAUCGGAGGGCACGGGACCACCAUCGGAGGAAUCAUCGUCGACUCGGGCAAGUUCGACUGGGGCAAGCACGCCGCGCGGUUCCCGCAGAUGGUCGAGCCCUCCGAGGGGUACCACGGGCUCAAGUUCUGGGAGACGUUCGGCCCCAUCACCUUCAUCAUCCGCGUGCGCGUCGAGCUGCUCCGCGACCUGGGCGCCUGCCUCAACCCCUUCGCGGCGCAGCAGCUGAUCUUGGGCAUCGAGACGCUGAGCCUGCGGGCCGAGCGGCACGCGUCCAACGCCCUCGCCCUGGCCCGCCACCUCGAGUCCAGCCCCCACGUCAGCUGGGUGUCGUACCCGGGCCUCGAGAGCCACCCGAGCCACGAGACAGCCAAGCGGUACCUCAAGCGCGGCUUCGGCGGCGUGCUGAGCUUCGGCGUCAAGGGCGGCGGCGCCGCGGGCAGCCAGGUCGUCGACGGGUUCCGCCUCAUCUCCAACCUGGCCAACGUGGGCGACAGCAAGACGCUGGCCAUUCACCCCUGGAGCACGACGCACGAGCAGCUAUCAGAGCAGGAGAGGAUUAGCUCGGGCGUGACCGAGGACCUCAUCCGCAUCUCGGUGGGCACCGAGCACAUUGACGACAUCAUUGCCGACUUUGAGCAGUCCUUCAAGAGCGUGGUCGAGGGUGGUCAGCCGGCCGGGCAGAAUACUGGGGCCAACCUGUAGUUAUAUAAGAAAGAGUAUACAAAGAAGGACUGUAGAGAAGCCUGUGGCCCGUUUAAUCAAAAUACCCUCUUGUGUUGACGGGUUCCUAGAC